CGCAUACCAGGUACGAAAAUGACAUUCCCUACGGGACUUGUGUGGAAGGCAUGUAUGAUCCCCCUCACAGAUCAAUACCGAGUCACCCCCUGUCCACGCACACUGCCAACUUAAACCAUGGACCUAUACCGCAGUAUCCGUCGUACUCACCCAGUAACAAUAUGCCAGGGGUUGUGAAUUCCUCCCAGGACGGACAGCUUAAGCGAGACAAGGAUGCAAUUUACGGACAUCCCUUAUUUCCGCUCCUAGCUCUUAUAUUUGAGAAAUGUGAACUCGCCACCUGUACACCGCGGGAACCCGGUGUCGCUGGGGGCGAUGUCUGCUCGUCAGAAUCCUUCAAUGAAGAUAUAGCUGUUUUCUCGAAACAGGUCCUGGCACGAGCAGAAAAACCCUUCUCCGCCAACCAUGAACUGGACAGUCUGAUGAUUCAAGCCAUUCAGGUUUUAAGAUUUCACCUAUUGGAACUGGAAACGGUGCAUGAACUCUGUGACACAUUUUUGUCAGCGCUAUAUCAGCUGUUUGAAAGGUAAAAUGCCAAUUGAACUUGGUGAUCGAUGAAAGGGACGGUGGGUCGACAAACCCCAAGU